AUGGCAGGUUUAAGGUUCAAUUUGGCGGUGAUGAUGGCGCUCAUGCUAGCAUCUGUGCAGCUUCACAACACGGCGGCUCAGACAACCCAUGUGGUCGGCGACGCCUUGGGCUGGAAUAUUCCUCCCAACGGACCUUCUGCUUACACCACCUGGGCAUCAGGUCAGACCUUCAGUGUCGGCGAUGUUCUUCUCUUUAACUUCACCACCGGAUUCCAUAACGUCGCUGAAGUGUCUCAGGCAGCCUAUGGCCCAUGCACCACCACCAACCCCAUCUCCAUCGCCACCAACGGCCCCGCUAGAGUCACCUUGAAUGCACCUGGCACACACUAUUACGUCUGCACCGUUGGCACUCAUUGCCAAAUUGGUCAGAAGUUAACCAUCAACGUCUCCGCCGGGUCGGCCAUCCCUGCUCCAGCCCCGACACCCGCCACUCCCGCGCCGGUUUCUUCACCAACCACCACCCCGACCCCUGCCCCCACCACAACAACUCCUCCGCCAACAUCCUCACCUGCACCUUCUGCCGGGGAAGCCAGCCCAUUAUCACCACCCACCUCCGGUCAAUCUCCCUCAGGGAGUAAUGCACCUUCUCCCACCGAUAGCACCACUCUACCACCACAAUCACCCAGUUUUGCUCCAUCUUUCACCGCCGUGGUGCCCUUCAGUUUCUUGGCGAUCGCUUUAGCUUUCUUUUAUUAA